GCUGUUCGCUGAGACGUUCGCUUCCUUCGUAACAAUAACAAGAUCCCGAGUCGGCGUGAAUCUGAAAAUUCCAAUUCGGCCCUAAUCCGACUUCCGGUCAUCAAUUCACGAUUAUGUCUUACUGCAAGCAAGAGGGGAAAGACAGGGUGAUCUUUGUGACGGAGGAAGACCAUGAGACACCAGCUAAAGUGUCGUUACCUGAUGACAGCGAUGAACAACCAGUAGGCCUAAUACAGCCAGAUGGAGAAAUUAACUGGAGUUGUCCCUGCCUGGGUGGGAUGGCAACCGGCCCAUGUGGAGUUGAAUUCCGAGAAGCUUUCACAUGUUUCCACUACUCAAGUGCGGAAAUUAAAGGCUCUGAUUGCCUAGAACCCUUCAGACAGAUGUCAGAGUGUAUGUCUCAAUAUCCAAAUGUGUAUGGAAACAAAGAUGAGAAAGAGGGCCAAGAAUUACCUACUGACACCAGUCCUGAAUCUUCUAAAUCCGAAGUCAUGACAAAGGAUUAGCCUUUGCUCGUUUUUAGUAUUGAAUUGGCAUUUGUAGAUAUUGUAAAUUUGUGUUUUUUUUUAUGCAGUAUGUGAGUUGCUUCAUAACAGAUGUAUAGUGUUGGUUAGAUAAUUUUGUUACAGAAUUUUCAAAGAACAUCUUAUGUACAUUAUGUAUGUAACUCCUUGUACAAAACUGUUAAUUCGUGCGAUUUUCAUUUCAAAUGGGUCAGUAUCGAUGAAAUCGUCACUCCAGUGGAGGACAUGGAUAGAAACAUUCCAGACCAGUACUCAUUUGUCUUGUCAUUCAAGAAUGUGCAGCUAUACUGAAACAAGAUAACAUGUAGCAUGAAUUGUGGCAGUCUUGUAUGAUGUUUGAUGUGGGAAUUAUUUAAUGGUUCCAGUAAAGAACGUCUUGAAAGUGUACAUUAAUUAACGCACACUAGUCACCUUAAGCUGAUCAAGUAGAUUAUCUUCUCAUUUUGAAGUUGUCUUACCUACGCAGUUUUCUCUCAUUUCCAGCUAUGGUGAUGUGAAUAUAUACAUAUGUUGUACUAGCCAAAUAAAUUACUAGAUUUUGGUAGAUGUCAAGAAACUGCAAAAUAUAAAAUAGUUAUUUCCUAAAAUGUGUAGAAAUUUCAGGUGCUAGUAUGUAAACAAACCUGUCUCUACAGAUACCUCAUAUGUGGUCCACUUAUAGUUAGUUACCAGGCCCUG